AUGGCAAAUAUGGAGAUAGAACUAGCAGAUAAUCUGGAACCAGAUUCAGGUCCUAAAUAUCCUUAUCCUAUUUAUUUAAAAGGAAAAGUGAUUAAAGGAUAUGGUAGAGGAAGAAGUGAAUUACAACUACCAACAGCAAAUAUUUCAGAAGAAGAUAUUCCAAAAUUUUUAUAUUCAAAAACGGGAAUUUAUUAUGGUUGGGGUCGAGUAAUGAAAGAGGAAAGAAAUAAUGUAUAUUUAAUGGUUAUGAGUGUAGGAUGGAAUCCAUACUACAAUAAUAAAAAAUUAUCAGCAGAAGUACAUUUUAUUCAUGAAUUUGAAUGUGAUUUUUAUGAUGAAGAAAUAAGAUUAGUAAUAAUGGGUUUUAUCAGGCCAGAACGUAAUUAUAUAUCUAAAGAAUUAUUAAUAGAAGAUAUCCAGAAAGAUAUUAUUAUAGCAAAGAAAUCGUUGGAAAGAGAAGCAUAUUCAUCAUAUAAAAAAGACAAAUUCCUAAUCUUAUAAAAAUAAGUAUGAUGUGAAUAUCAAUUUGAAUUCUUAAUAAUAUGUUGAAAAUAUUAUAUUUAUUAAUUAUCUUUACAUAAUAACCUGUUUAAUGAUUAAACUAAUAAUUACGAUAAUAUGA